UGGGCUGUGCCGUGGCUGGAAGUUACUGUGCAGCGGCGGCUGAGAAGGCAGCUGUAGUGGCGGUGGCGGCGGCGGCAGCGGCGGCGGCUGAGGAGGCGGCGACGGCGGUGGCGACGGCGGCAACAGAAGAUGGCCGAUUUUCUGAAAGGAUUGCCCGUCUACAACAAAAGCAAUUUUAGCCGAUUCCAUGCUGACUCUGUGUGCAAAGCCUCGAACCGACGUCCCUCAGUCUACCUGCCCACGCGGGAGUAUCCAUCCGAACAAAUCAUCGUGACAGAAAAGACAAAUAUUCUCUUGCGCUACCUACAUCAGCAAUGGGAUAAAAAGUGCACAUGGGACAGUGACCUCCAGAACGCCGCCAAGAAGCGAGACCAGGAGCAAGUGGACCUGGAGGGCGAGAGCUCAGCGCCCCCUCGCAAGAUCGCACGGACCGACAGCCAGGACAUGCAUGAGGACACUUAAGACUUGCACUGCCCUCACCGCGCCUCCUGUCGUGUCUGCUCUGCGCCAUGCGUCUGUGCCCGCCCCGUCCCACCCGCCCUGCCCACACCGUGCCAUCCACACUGCGUCCGCCCUCCUAGGAGCUGAUGUAUUUAUUUUCCUUGAGUUUUUAUUUAUGCUGUAAAGUGUACCCAGCGAUGGUUAAAGCGGACGUCAGACCCCAUAGCGUGAUGUUGGUAGAUGCUUUUUAAAAAAAACAAAAAACAAUUGUUAUUUUCACCACCCAGCUCCCUCUCCCCGCCCCCCAGUUCUUCUCACAAACGAGAGUGUAGCCGAGAGGGUGGGGGCCAGGGGUCCCGGCCUCCUGGCUUGCAGGGACAGCCAAGCAGCCUUCUCCCCCACCCGCCGGGCUGCCAGCCCAGGCCUUUAAGAUGCGGCCUGUUCUAACGUUCCACUGGGGACUCUUCUGGGCCCAGACCUCGCUCUGAGCGUGCGAGAGGGGGCGAAGGAGGCCUUUCUGGAAUUUUCUCUUCAGUCAUUUUAUCAUGGACUAGUGCGUGCUCCGUGUCCACCCCAAUAAAAGGAUCUUUCCUGUCCGAACUUGCGUCUUUGGGAGGCAUCUGAUUGCCACCAGGAGGAACUGAGAGGGGACCUCCACCAGUGCCGGGGACCAGCUGGACUCUCCCAUGGGCCUGCUGCAGCCACCUCACUCAGAGCCAAGACCUGCUGGACCUGCUCCUUUUCCUCACCUGCCCAGGUGUCCCCAUGGACCAGGGCACUCUGGAAAGAGUGGAUACCGCUGAGGACAAAGCUGUGGCUGGACACGGUUCCCAGGACACUGCUAAGCAGGGUUGCGUGGAUGGAGACAACUGGCCAUACCUGUGUGCCUGCCUGUGCAGGGCCUCUGGGGUCUCAGGACCCCACCAGUCCCCCACGGUGUGAUGACUGCAGACGGCGUUUGGCCCGCAGCCCCCAGAUCAGAGCAAAGGCCCGUCCAGUGGAGCUGCUUGUCAUGGACGUGAUCGACGGUGUCAUGGUGACCCCUCCUCAGCUGGAAGGGUUGGGUGUGGGGUAUGGGGGCAUUUGGACCCCAGGCU